GUAAUAGAGAGAGAUCUCACCAUCAGUCAAUGCUCAUUUGUCCAUGAAAAAAGACUAAGAAACUAGAAUGUAAAAUACAAAAGAAAAAACAAAAUGUUUUGAAAGAGAGAAAAAAAAAAGAGAUGAUUUUUCAUGAAAGGGAAGUAGAAGCUUCUGUUUUGUGUAAUUUCCUCAGAAUUUCAGCUUCAACUUCAGCAAGAAAUUAGAAAUCAAACCAUUAAAAUUUGCUAUAAAUUCAUGUCCAAUUUCUUCUUCCAAAUCCCACAAAACUCAUCCAACAAUCUUAGAACUCUACACAAUCCAAUCACUCUCCUUUCUUUCCGAAGUUUCUUCUUCUUCCUAAUGGCCAACUCUCAAUUUCUCUGCUCUUCAGCUCGCUCCAAAACCGGUUUUGUUCCUCUAUCAAAAUCGGCUUCCUCCGUUUCGACCUCCGACCAUUGGGUCAAAGCUGCCAACGCUCUCAGCCGCACCCAUUUUGAGGAGGUUUGUUGCAUGUUAUCAGAGUUUCAAGAGGCUCAAACUGUUGACGUUGAAGGCACCAAGCUUACUGUCGCUCAGGUAACCGCCAUUGCUCGUCGAAGCAAUGUCAAAGUCAUCAUGAAUGAAUCUGUGGCACAUGAUCGUGUGGCCAAAAGUGCAAAAUGGGUUGCUGAGAAAGUAUCGAGUGGAAUCGAUAUAUAUGGAGUUACCACUGGCUUUGGUGCCACCUCUCAUCGCCGUACGACCAAAAUAUCCGACCUCCAAACAGAGCUUAUUAGAUUCCUCAAUGCUGGUGUCAUUGGAAAGGAGAACCUUCCAUCUAGCUACUCGAAGGCAGCGAUGCUUGUUAGAACAAACACAUUGAUGCAAGGCUACUCAGGGAUUCGUUGGGAAAUUCUGGAAGCUGUAGUGAAGUUGAUGAAUUGGAAUUUGAUCCCAAAGUUGCCUUUGAGAGGGACGAUUACUGCUUCUGGAGAUCUUGUUCCUCUGUCUUAUAUUGCUGGCGUUGUCACUGGAAGGCAUAAUUCCAAGGUUACUACCAUUGAAGGUGAUGAGAUUAGUGCCAUUGAAGCUCUCAAACGAGCUGGAAUUGCAGGCCCAUUUGAGCUUCAAGCAAAGGAAGGUUUAGCUCUAGUCAAUGGAACUGCUGUUGGGUCAGCUGUUGCUGCUACGGUUUGCUACGACGCCAACAUUUUGGCUCUUUUAGCCAGUGUUCUCUCUGCUUUGUUCUGUGAAGCCAUGCUUGGGAAGCCAGAAUUUACAGACCCGUUAACCCAUAAGCUUAAGCACCACCCUGGCCAGAUUGAAUCCGCUGCAGUCAUGGAGUUCCUCUUGAACCAAAGCGAUUUCAUGAAAGAAGCAAAAAUCUGCAUUGAAAAUGAUCCAUUGACAAAGCCAAAACAAGAUCGUUAUGCACUUCGAACCUCUCCACAAUGGCUCGGACCCCAAAUUGAAGUCAUUCGAAUGGCAACUCAUUCAAUCGAAAGGGAAAUCAACUCUGUGAAUGAUAACCCAUUAAUUGAUGUUAGUCGAGAUGUAGCUGUACAUGGAGGAAACUUUCAGGGGACCCCAAUUGGAGUCUCCAUGGAUAAUCUUCGAAUCGCCAUCGCUGCAAUUGGAAAGCUAAUGUUUGCCCAAUUCUCUGAACUCGUAUGUCAUCAUUACAAUAACGGAUUACCAUCUAAUUUGAGCGGCGGACCAAAUCCUAGCUUGGACUACGGCUUCAAAGGGGCGGAAAUCGCCAUGGCCGCUUAUUGCUCUGAGCUCCAAUACUUAGCAAAUCCUGUCACAACCCAUGUCCAAAGUGCAGAACAACACAAUCAAGAUGUAAACUCUCUAGGUCUAAUCUCAGCCAGAAAAUCCGCUGAAGCCAUUGAAAUACUAAAGCUCAUGUCUGCAACAUACAUGGUAGCGCUUUGCCAAGCAAUCGAUUUAAGACAAUACGAAGAAAAUAUGAGGGAGGUAGUGAAAAAUGCCCUUCUACAAACCAUCCGAAAAACACUCUACAUGGCAGAAUAUGGUUCUCUUCUGGAAUCAAGAUUUUGCGAGAAAGAUCUCUUGCAAGUAAUCGAGCGCGAGGAAGUCUUCUCCUACAUCGACGAUCCCACCAACACAUCCUACACCUUAAUCCCAAAGUUACUAGAAGUUUUAGUUGAGAAAGCAUUGAAAGGAGUUGCAACAGACAAAAAAGAUAACAGAAACGAAACAGGGAUUGCCAUAUUCAAGCAAAUUCCGGAGUUUCUUGAGGAAUUAAAGGCGAAAUUGGAAAAAGACGUUGAAAAUGCAAGAGGGAGAUUCGAGAAUGGUGAUUUCGAAAUUGAAAAUAGAAUCAAGAAAUGCAGCACUUACCCGAUCUACCGAUUCGUGAGAAAUGAAUUGGGGACUCAACUGUUGAGUGGAGCAAAGAAGAUUAGCCCUGGAGAAGAUAUUGAGAAAGUGGUGGAAGCCAUUGAUGAAGGGAAGCUUGGAAAUGUUUUGAUGGAGUGUUUGAAGAAUUAGGGCAAAUUUUAGAGAUUAGAUGAGGAAAUUGUAUGAAGAAUAAGAUCAAGUAUUAGGCUUUUUAACUAAUUUUCAAUAUCCUAUUAAUAAUGUUAAUAUCCGUAAGGUUUUAUGGAUCUCGUCGAGGUUAAUUAUUAUAGUGUUUAAUUACUAUGAUUCAUAAA